AUGGCUUCUUCCGCGCCGAAAGUCGCGCCACCUGAACGUCGGGAUCCUCUAGACGUUAUUGACAAACAGGCAGAUGAGAUCGUGGCACUUAUCAAAAAGAGCAAGCACUUCAUUGUUUUCACGGGUGCAGGCGUCUCGACUUCAGCCGGCAUUCCCGACUUUCGUGGACCAGAAGGUGCUUGGACACUGAGAGCUCAAGGGCGAGCUCGUACUGGAAAGGCCACGAGCACACUUCAGGCCAUCCCGACACCUACGCAUAUGGCCUUGGUAGAGCUCCAGAAUCAAGGAGUUCUGAAGUAUCUUGUUAGUCAGAAUUGCGAUGGCUUGCAUCGAAGGAGUGGCAUCCUGCGGGAUCGCAUUUCGGAACUUCAUGGCAACAGCAAUCGGGAAUGUUGCAAAGACUGUGGCAAAGAGUACAUACGAGACUUCCGUGCUGUCGCCAGCUAUGAAAAAUCAGUGCAUGACCAUCGGACAGGUCGCAAGUGCACUGCGUGCGGAGGGAACCUCCUUGACACCAUCAUCAACUUUGGAGAAUUCUUACCAGAGGAACCGCUCAAGGUUGCUCGAAGUCAUGCCAAGAAGGCUGAUCUUUGCAUUGCACUCGGGUCAUCACUCAGUGUUCCUCCAGCGAGUGGCAUCCCCGAGACAUGCGGAAAGAGUCGAAAAAGCAAGCUUAUCAUCUGCAACCUACAAGAGACUUUCAUGGAAGGCAUUGCCGAUAUGCAUAUUUGGGCUGAGUCGGAUGUUUUGAUGACAAGAGUGAUGAAUAGGCUUGGAUACACCAUCCCAAGUUUCAUCUUGAAGCGCCGGCUUGUGCUCAAGAUUGAGCGGGAUGCACACGCUCGUCAGGUUAUUGUAUUGACUGGCGUCGACGAUGACGGUACUCCAGUCACAUAUCUCCAAUCUGUCAAGCUUGAGGACAGCAGACGUAUAGUAAGGUCUGAGCCCUUUUCAUUCGUCUUCCGAGAAGGUCUUAGUACUGGAGCCGAAGUCAAGUUUGCACUUGAGUUCAUGGGACAUUACAAUGAACCCAAUGUCGUUAUUGACUACAGUGUCCCUGCGGAAGAGGGCGCAGAGACGGUGUACGAUCUUUCAUAUGACCUUGUUUUCGUCACUCUGGGCGUACCCUUGUGCAUCAAUGCUUUCAGUCUCUAUGAUGCUGGAACAGACAAAGAUGUAACAAAAGCCUGCGAUAAGGCCAUGUCAGCGGACAUCAAUUGCAACAAAAAGGCAUUCAGCUUUAUCAACGGAGGUUGGUACGGCUCUCUCGACAGUGGAGCCUUGACCGACGCGGUCUGCACCAAUACUUGCUCUCAAUCACUCCAGGACUGGGUUACCAGUGUUUCCGAGGACUGCGAGGAUAAAGAUAAAGCCCAAUACGGCCUUCGUAUCUGGACAGGCUGGAAUGCGACUUGUUUGAAAGACACCAAGACAGGACGAUAUUGCAACGAUAUCAUCGAAGAUUUCACUGAUGUUGGAGAAGAGGAGGAGCUCCCGCACGAUGAGCUUUGCCACCCUUGUUAUGUGAAGCGUCUCGAGAUGUAUAAACCCUCGCCGCACGCCCUCAACAUUAAAUGGCACGAAGAGCAACUUGAGCUCGUGCACAAGAAGUGCAGUAGUUCAGCCUCCACCGAGACUGCUGUGCUCACUUCAAGUAAGAGUGAACCAUCCGGGGCGGCGACUACGGCAGAGGCCUCGGAAGCCUCUCAAGAGGCCAAGAGCGGGAGUGAGUCUGUAAUGUCCACUGAGACCCCAGUGCAGACUACAUCAUCUGAACUGACUGUGCCAUCUGCGCCCAAUGCAGGUGCCAAAUCUGGACAGGGAGUGUCGUUCGGGUAUGAGUCUCUGAUGCUUCUUUUGUCGAUGAACAUCUUUGUGUAG